AUGGGCAGUGAAGAAGAACAAGAGAUGGAAGAUAUGAAAGGGUACAGCUAUGCAAUGGCCCUCCAACUGCUGGGUUUGGAUGAUGGGACUGGACCCAGUGAUAGGGGUCCUGUCCUGAUGAGAGGGACCUACCUAUCCUUUCUGUAUCUGCGCCACCUGCGAAUCAGGGAGCUGCAGCGAAUCUGUUUAGGAAUUCUGAACUAUUUCAGAUCCGUUGAGCGAACACUGACAAUCAAUACUUCAGGCCUUACAAUGGUUGCAGGGAGUCUGGUCCCCACCAUCGAAGAUAGUUCCUGGGUAAAUAUGGCUAAAGGAGGCUUGGGCACCUUGCAAGGCCUAGGAACUCACCACUAUGUCCAUGGAACAUCUGCCGAGCACAAGGUCCACAGUGUCCAAUUCAUGGAAUUCUCAGAAGUGGAGAACCAGGAUGACUACUACAGCAUGGGAGCUGGUUACAUCUACACGCAGGACCAGCAAGGAGUACACAUCAUGUAUGAUGAAGCCCUGGCUGAUCUGAAGGAGCUAGAGGCAGAACUACUGCUUGUGGCCAGCUAUUACAUUGAGAAAGAAAAAGGUCACAAAGAGGACACCAAGUCAAAUACUGGCCAGGACUGGGGAUGGGCCCACGCAAGUGUGGACAGAUUUGCUGUGCUGUAUGACUUGUGGACUUGGGAAGCAGCUCUGCUAGAAAACAAGCGCCAGCUUCUUGACAGUUACUUUGAAGCCUACCAGCACGUGUUGGACCCUGAGGAGAGAUUUGCUCUAGCACAAGUGAUCACUGACAUCAUGCACAGGCGCCCACGGUUUGAUCUCAGCCACCCUUAUUUCAUUAAGGCCUACCGAGAUGAAUGUACCUGCCUGAGGCUUCACUUGCAGCUCGUGAGGGACAUCCUCAAUCAGCACAUAGAGCGUCAGCGGGACUAUGUCCAGAGGCUUUGGCAAGAAGGCCAUCCGAAUGAUAGCAGUCACUUCGGACUUCCCCUUAACAUCAUUUGCAAACAACUUAUUUCCAUCAACAAUAGCUGCCCAGCUUUGAAAAACAUCUAUCUGCUGGAGUUCCACCCUUCCCUGGGCCUGGCAUCACUCAUCCCCCGAUCCCUUGAUCACCUCCUCCGGGAGGCCCGCCACACCUACAGACCCACAUCCGCCAGCAGCCUCACUUUGCUGGAGAGACAUGUGCUGCGGCUGGCCUUGGAUAUGUGGCUCACACCAGCCAAGCCUGAGUCCUGGUACAGCACACAGCUCCAGAAAGAUCUGUUUUCAGCUAAAGUAAUGGGAGAUCCCUUUCUCGUGGAGGAGAUAGGUCUGCUUGCACUCAAGUCUGCAGCAGACGAAGGACAGAACCAAAGCCAAGAUUCUCAUGUGCUGCUUCUGGAGACGUUUUCCAAACUUCUGGAGCUUGUGACCCUCCGCCACCGGCUGAUAGAAAUGAGUUUGGAGAGUGUACACUUAGCUGGUCUCUAUAAGGUACUGGCACGGGAGAUGGGUUUUGAAGAGUUCCAUUUGUAUCUGAGGCCUGUUCACUUUGAAUUUGCAUCACACAAGGACAAAAUAGACCAUCCACCCCCUGUCUUUAUCACCUCUCUGCUGGAGGACAGUGAUCGAGUGGACAGAUAUUCUCCUACUACUCUUGUCUUAGCCAUCUCUGAGGUGGAUGAUAACCAGGUUGGCAAGUUUAGCUUUUAUACAAAGGAAUCCAUCCUUAAGCUCUUAUUCCAUUCAGGAGUGGAAAAUAUGCAAGUGACCCUUGCAUGCCAAGCGGCUCAGAAAAAUGCUUUGAUGGUGGCUGUCCAACAGGCAUCCUUCUAUCACAUGCCCCGAUGGGCCUCUCCUGCUGAUGUGAAGGUCAGCCUGUAAGAUACAAAAACCUGAGGCAUGUUUGACAUGCCUACCACUACGACAGCCAAUGCCAAGCUACCCCUUCAGCCCCUUCUUCCCGUUAGCCUGCCGCCUUUCUCCUCCCUUCUUUCCUUCCUCUCCUCCUCUUCUCUCCCUCUCUUUCUCCCUUCUUUUCUAUUUUUUUACCCUCUUUCCUUCACUCUUUCCCUCCUUUCCUCAUGUGAAGUCAACACAUGUCCAAAUCUUUACCAACUCUCUUAAUUUUUAGUGAUUUGCUAACAACUUUUUUCUUCGUGUAUAACUCUAGAAUAUUGGCUAGGAAGAAUCAUCCAGCAGAAAAUAUCCUGUUCCUCCACCCCUACCCUUUGUAGAUAAAUGAUUUUAUUGUUUUCUGUUUUAUUCUUCCUGCAUGUCUUUUUGCAAAAGUAAAUGGAGACAUUAGUCCCUUCUUUUUUCUACAAAAGGUAACACACAGUGUAUAACCCCUUUUUCCCCCAGACUUCUUUGGUUCUUAUUGAGACAUAAUUCACAUAACAUAAAAUUUACCCCUUUUAAAGUAUAUGAUUCACAAGAUCAUGUAACCAUCACCAUUAUCUAAUUCCAGAUCAUUUUCAUCACUUUCAAAGGAAAUCCUGUACCCAUUAGUAGUCACUCGCCAUUCCACCCCCUUUCCCUUAGC